AUGGUUUGGUUUCAGAAGAUCGGUUCGCUCAUCUACUCCAAGCUCGCCAACAGACGCUUCGCAUUCGCUCUCACGACGCUAGCUGUAUGCGCCGCAAAGGGCGUCCAUCUGCACAACCACCGAUCCAGCGUCGCCCCCAAGCGCAUGCUCCUCUUCUUCUUCUCCUUCUUCACCCAAGACAUUCUUCUCCUGCUCCUCAUCCGCCUGCUUCUGAGCCACUGGGUCCCCAGCUUCCCCGGCAAGCUACGCACACUCAUCACAGCGCUUGCAUUCCUGCUGAUAACGUACAAUGUCGCCCUCUGCGUUGUUUCCGUCUCUUUCUACAUCGUCGCUGGAUCUGAGAUCCACUGGCGCAACAUUGGGUUCAUAGCUGAUCCGUCGGCGCGGGCGAUUAUCUUUUCGGGCUUCACUGCGUUUUUGGGCAGGGAUAACGUGCAGUGGAUUGACAGUGAGAGCGGGUCGAGUAAUGGUGAGUACUCUGAGGAUGAGUACAAGGACAGGUCGAGAUCGUCAUCCAAGACACCGCGACACUCGGCCCGAGCGCUCAAAGGCGAUUCACCUGCCCGAAGAUCCAGAUGUACCCGAUUUCUACGCAUAUUACCGUAUCCCGUCGUCAGCAUCCUCCUCACAGCGCUUUUCACACUCACGUUUCUACGACCCAAGGAUCCGUCUCUGAUUUUCCUCUCAUGGACCAGCGGCCUUUUACCUUUUGUCGACUUUGCUUCAACAUCGCCAUUCCUCGAUGAUCUCCCUUCUGUUUUCGGUAAAGGCAUGCAACGAAGCUGGGAUGAGCGCACUGCUCUUGCUCAGCCUCCGUCUUUGAGCUGGCUCCCAAAGAAUGCAUUGCCAAGAGGCUUCGAGGACUGGUACGAAGAAAAGACUCACUACAACGCUGAAUCCGACCCACUGAAGAUUUCGAACCUGGAUGAACCUCUGCGAGAAUCCCUUCGCGGAAAGUUGAAGAACAUCAACAUUCGUCACGUGGUGAUGUUCUUUCUCGAGAGCACGAGAAAUGACGUUUUUCCCAUCAAGAAGGACGGGUUGAUCUGGAAUCGAUUCGCCGACACAUUUCCCGACAAGAAGCUCCCGCAAGAAGUGCAAGACAAGCUGGCAAGUCUGACACCGACCGCGAAUUUCAUUACUGGAGAUUACGACGAUGGAUUUGAACAUGCGGAAAAACCGAAACGCGGUGGAAUUCACUUUACGAAUGCGCACACAGCUGGGACGUAUACUCUCAAGAGCAUGACCGGCACAGUCUGCGGUAUCGCCCCUCUGGUCGGCGACUUUAACCUCGAGCACAGUCACCACAUUUAUCAGCCCUGUCUACCGCAUAUUUUCGAGGCAAUGAACCAAGCAGAGGCACUAAACGAAAACACCAAGCGCGCUGGACAUUCAGGCACGAAAUUGAAGUGGAACGACAACAUGAACAAGGAGGACAAGUGGAACUCUUACUACUUCCAAGCUGCGACGCUCGAUUACGACAACCAGUACAAUCUCAUGUCUGCGAUGGGAUUUCCGAUGAAGAACACGAUUGGAAGGGAGUAUCUGCGAAGCGACAGUGCGAAACAUGGACCCGUUACACUACCGAACAUCAACGAGUUUGCAUUCGAGGAGGAUCCGUUGGAGGAUUACAUCACCGACAUUUUCGAAGACGCAGCCAAGGCUAAGAGCCGUGUGUUCCUGACUCAUCUGACGAGCACGAGCCAUCAUCGAUUUCACAUGCCCAAGACAGAGAAAUACACGCCUUUGGCAAAGGGUCUAGACAUGAUGUCCCGCUACGUCAACACGAUAGGCUACGACGAUCGCUGGAUCCGUAAAGUCCUCGACGUUCUAGACAAGCAGGGCAUUGCGAAUGAGACGUUGGUUAUUUUCCAGGGCGAUCAUGGCACUUCGCUUCCAGAAAACGACUACGCUUCACCGUAUUACAACCCCAACAUCGGCGUGGAUCACGUCCCGUUGAUUUUGUCACAUCCUCAAUUACCCCCGUUCAACGUAGACGACGCAGUCCACUCGACACAAGUCCUCCCCACGAUUCUCGACAUCCUUCUUGAAACCAACUCCCUCAGCCCCAGCAGCCACGCCGCAGCAUCAUCCCUGAUAACCAACUACGAAGGCCAGUCGCUCCUGCGACCACUACGCACACAGACCAGCGACAACAGCACGGGUCAGUGGCAGUUCACAGUGACGAACCCCGGACGCGCGAUGCUUACGGUUCGGGACGCGAGGUUUCCGAACAGACAUCUCGUUGUGCCGGUGAUAGAGAACGUGGAUUGGAGAUUAUCGGAUUUGGAGACGGAUCCGCAUGAGCAUGAGUCCGUGCAGGCGCUGGACUUUGUGGAGUUUAUUGAGAGUGUAGAGGGGAGGUUUGGGAGGGAUGUUGCGGAGUGGGCGGAGGAGGGGGCGUUUGUUACGAGGUGGUUUGUUAAGGAGAAUAGCAGGCGUUGGCGGUUCGAUCACCAGGGGUGA